AUGCUAGUGGUGAAAUAUUCAUCUGAUACAUGUCUAACGGUUCCUCAGGGUGGAGGGGAGGACGACAGUCAGAAAGAGAAGCUAGUUCUGUCGGAGGACUGUGAGCUCAUCACCAUCGUGGCGGUGGUUCCGGGUCGGCUGGAGGUCACCACACAUCACCUGUACUUCUACGACGCCAGCAGCGAGAAGGAGGAGACGGAAGAGGGAAUCGGUUUUGAUUUCAAGCGGCCCCUGUCUCAGCUGAGAGAGGUGCACCUGAGACGCUACAACCUGCGUCGCUCUGCUGUGGAGCUGUUCUUCAUCGACCAGUCACACUACUUCAUCAACUUCAAGAAGAAGGUGAGGAACAUGGUGUACUCUAGGAUCCUGGGGCUGCGGCCCCCCAACCUCUUCUAUUUCGGCUCCCGCUCUCCUCAGGAGCUCCUCAAGGCUUCUGGACUCACACAGAGAUGGGUAUGCAGAGAGAUUUAACUGUUUGAAUAUCUGAUGCAACUGAACACCAUCU